CACAGAUUGCACUCCCCCUGUUUCUUUUUCAUCAGCACAGGCUGAAACUGACACAAUUAUCCAUUUUCAGACACACACACUGAUUUCACUUUUGAGAAACACAAAAAUGAACUCCAGAGGUAGAGGCUCCUUCAAAUUCAAAGCAGAAACCAUGCCUUGAAAACUCUUCUUUCGAGGAACCACCUACCUACCUUUGAAGUCUUUUUUCAUUCUUUCAGACCUUCCUUUCCCGGAUCUCGCAAAAUGUUCAAUACCCAUUAUUACAGAGGCCACAAUAGCCGUGAUGAAAGUGCCUUGUCCCUCUCCGGCGAGUCCUCCGGAGAGAUUGGAGCUCACAGGGAGUCCUCUGCAUCAGAUUGCAUGUCAGAAGUGGACUUGGAGACUAAAGUGCAUUCGGGUAAAAAAAUGGAGAGAGAUUGUAGGAUUUGUCAUUUGGGUUUGGAGAGUUGUGAUGGGUUAGCUAUCGAGUUGGGUUGCUCUUGUAAGGGUGAUCUGGGAGCUGCCCACAAGAAAUGUGCAGAAACAUGGUUCAAGAUCAAGGGGAACAUGAUCUGCGAGAUAUGUGGUGCUACCGCUGUCAAUGUUGCUGGUGAUCAGGUGAACGAGGCACCCACUGCUAUAUCCGUAGCCCCACCGACACCCCUGGCUCCUGUAAUCGUUGCAGAAAACAGAACUUUCUGGCAUGGCCGCCGCAUAAUGAACUUCUUGCUUGCCUGCAUGGUCUUUGCAUUCAUCAUUUCUUGGCUUUUUCACUUCAAAGUCAUAAAAUGAACACUUGAGAAAACAUGUGAUGAUAUCUCUGGUUAGUCAAAGGUGCAACAGGUUUCCCCUGCAUCUUGAAGGACGGGGAGGGGGUCUGUCUUUUGCAAGUCUUCACGCAACAUUGUAAAAACUUAUAUAUACCACGUAUUACUUUUUUUUUUGGGUAGGUAAGUGAGAGUAGAGUAUUGAACCCAAUUUGAGUAUAUGGCUUAAUCACCCUAGUUAUUUUUAUGUACAAUGUAUUACUUUUUUUGGGUAGGUAAACAAGAGUCGGGGGUUCGAACUUUGAAGCCUCGAACUUAACUUAGGUACUACCCAUUUGAAUAUAUGUCUUAAAUACUUCGCCUA